AUGGCACCGAAAGUCUUCAUGUGAGUCUCGAAAAAAGCAAAAAAUUGACCACAUAUACAUACAUACAUACAUACAUACAUCCAUACUGACAUCUCUUUUCCCCCUUCAGCACCGGCACGACAGGCUACAUCGGCGGCGACGUCCUCUACACCCUGCACAAAGCGCACCCAGACUGGACCUACAGCGCCCUCAUGCGCACACGGGAAAGCGCCACGCGCGUGCAGGCAGCCUACCCAUCCCUGCGCCCCAUCAUCGGGACCCUCGACGACAGCGCGCUGCUAACUCAGGCAGCGGCGGAGGCAGACAUUGUGAUCCACACGGCGGACGCGUCGGACCACGAGGGGGCCGCGCGCGCCAUUGCGCAAGGGCUCGUGCAGGGGCAUUCGGCAAAAAAACCGGGGUUUUGGCUGCAUACGGGGGGGACGGGGAUCUUGACGUAUUUCGAUACGCGGGAGGGGAGGUUGGGAGAGUGGGAAGAUGAAAGGAGGAGGUUUGAUGAUUGGGAUGGGGUGGGAGCGUUGACGAGUUUACCGGAUGAGGCGUUCCAUCGGAAUGUCGAUAAGAUUGUCCUGGAGACUGGGACGAGGCAUUCGGAAGCGGUCAAGACGGCGAUUCUGUGUCCGCCGACGAUCUACGGGCGCGGGAGGGGCCCGGUGUCGGGACGGUCGAGGCAGGCGUAUGAAUUGGCCAAGACGGUGCUGGAGAGACAGAUGGCGCCGGUGAUAGGGCAGGGGCAAGCGCGGUGGAAUAAUCUACACGUGUACGAUCUGUCGGAGCUCUUCGUUCUGCUCUGCGAUGCCGCGGCGGCGCAGAAGCUGGAUGCCGAACUGUGGGGUGCAAAGGGGUACUAUAUCGUCGAGAAUGGGAUUCACAGCUGGAGCGAGUUGGCGAGGUUGAUGGCCAGGACGGCGGCGGAGAUGGGUUACAUCUCCCCGGACUGGAAGGAAGUUCAGUUGAGCAGGGAGGAGGCGCGGGAGAUGGGAGAUUUCCAGGUCUUGUCUUGGGGGUUGAAUUCGCUUGCCAAGGCGGAGAGGGCGAGGAGACUGUUGGGCUGGACGCCGAAGCAGCCGAGUUUGGAGCAGGAGGUGCCGAGUAUUGUCAAAGAGGAGAAGGAAAGGUUAGGAUGA